AUGCUGGAGGAGUACCUGACAGACACGGCAGAGCUUAUUCGCAUGCUGAAGGGCAACCUUCCCCGUGGAGGUAAUGGGUGGAAGCUGGUGAAGGUCCAUCUUCUGCUGCACUUUCCAGACGCGAUCAGACGUGGCGGACUGCCCCGCGAGUUUUGCACCAGUCUUUUUGAGCAUGCGCACACUGCUACGUGCAAGAGGCCGUUCAGAGCGUCCAACUUCAGGCAGUAUGAUGCGGCGAUUCUGAGGAGUGUUGUCAUGCAGAACGCACUGUCUCUGUUGCCGACGGCAUUGGCGCAACGCAGCAUUUAUGAGACUGCACUCAUGAAGGCCAUUGCUCACAAGAAGCAGGUUUUGACGACGCGCAGCGAAACAAUGGUGCUUCCUUGCGCUGAGACACGUGCUGCGGGAAAUGCCCUAUGGGACUCGUUCGUGCAGUACCAUGGUGCGGGAAUGCGCUGUUUCCCCGACGUGCUGAGGCAUGCCAACCUCCCUUCUGGGAGAGUAGAGGUCCAUACAACUUUGGCAUUGCCACCGGGCGAAGAUUUCGAGGCACACUACGCUCGAGCGGCCCUUAGUUAUCAUGGCGUGCCCUGUUUUUCGUACGUUGCCAUCGUGGGUCACGAGGAUGCUGCACUAGGGGCUGAAAUCAUCACCACAUGGUACGCGCAACUCAUGUUGCUUUUCCACGUCAGCAUGUUGGAGGAGGGUCGGUUGGUGAGGAAGCCAUACGCUUUUGUGCGUUACUAUGAGGUCGGUGAACGUGACCAGCUCACAACGUGCACGUUGUUGCACGAGUCACAACGCGAGGUCCGCUUCCUCAUUGUGGAAGCACACUCCAUCCUGAGAACCCUGCAUGUUGUGCGGUCUUUCGACCGGCGUUCUAUUUCCUUCAUUAAUAGGUUUGGUAGCAAGGACUUUUAG